AUGCCGAGUGAAUCAUGUCGGUGGUAUCCUGAUUCGGUUAUCCACUACGUAUCUGGGGAAAGUUAUCGCUACGCACGUGGAAAGUUCAGGAACCCAUAUGAUCUAGCUACAAAGGACGUUGAGAUUACAUCUUGCGUUCGUAAAGAUCGAAAAGUUGUCCACGUUGUGGCGAUUUUGGAUCCUAUCCAUCCAAAAUUUCGCGGUUUAGUCCAGGGCGUCGAGUGUGAGUUUGUUCUUCGUUCUUCGAUCACACAGCUAGGUGUGAACUCGGAUAAUGUGGAGAUAAAUAUAGACCGCAGCAAUUUUGUUGCGACGAUCAAACUUGAUCUUAUUGCAAUCUCCCCGCUUGCGGUUCUUGCACUUGACAAUAUUUCGGUCGGCGCGUUAAUAGGCAAGCUUUUUGCUAACGAGCGUAAUCGUGUCGUAAGUAACCCCGAAUAUAUUACCCGAUUGUUAGAUGAAUUUAAUCCAGAAGGUCAACGCUUGUUGAUGUAUGGCCAAAAUGAUCAGCUGGAUUGGGAUAUCAAAAUGAUCGAUAAUCGUGUGAUUGCCUUUUUACCUGUCCUCCCAGGGGUAUUUACGUUCACAGGGGAAAUACACGAGCUUUUGCCUACCAUUGGCAUGGCCUUGCGCAAAGGAAUCCCGUACAAGGAUCUUGUACGACUCCAUCAACAAUUCAACGAUGGGCACACGCGUGUGAGCCAGCCCGGAUCUGUUCUCAUGGUUCGAGGAUACGCCAUGCAUUUUCGGACCUUAUUUGGCCGCGUCGUGGAUGAAUAUCUGCCGGAAGGGUUGCACUCCAUGGGCUCUCGCGUGAUCGAGCCGGAGGAUCGGUACUCGUACCAUUCCCCACGAGAUCGUACGUUUGUCUUUUAUGGCACAUCCACCACGGAGCUGACGCGUAUUCCCAUUGAAUUUUUUACCUUGGAGUCGUAUCGGGAACAGGUUCCAUUCGCCUUAAGGAAAACACUCGCAUCCCGUUGUGCCAACCCUGCGGAUAUUUUGCAUGUUUUCAAGAAAGCCCCAAAAGGCAACCAGCCAUGCUGUGCGUACCUGUGUAAAGGAGGCCAGUUUCAUGAGAUGACUGAACACGAUUGGAUUGUUUCAGAUCCGAAGAAAACAAAGUAUGCUGAGUGGUUUAACCCUGAUCAACAGCGAAGACUUCUGGAGAAUUAUAUUUACCAACAGUGCGAAUACUCGAUUCUUUCCGCCAUUGCCAGCGAUGACAUCACCAGCGACGGGGUUCUCGUCACGCGGUACUUUCCUUCGCCCUGCCUCAAGUCUCUUAUUCUUUCCCGUGCCGUGUGUAAUAAGCUGCGGGCAAUUUUUUUUUGCAAGCCCUCUCGGCAGUACGGAGGCUUUUUCAGCCAAGAGGAUGUCGCCCUUUUAGGGGACUUCACCACAUUCGGUAUUUCCGUUUUCAACGUUGACGAGGCUAAGGGCGAAGUAUAUCAGUAUAUUCGUCGGCCUAACCGCAAUACCGGCCAGUUUGUACCUUUGGAGCGCCGUCACGAGUACUUGAAUGCUACAUUGUUCGGAGUAUAUGGUUCCAACCUAGUCGCCGGCGACUUUGAAGCCGAACUCAUCUAUCUACUCAACGGUAUCUUACAAAUCAAAAAGGUGUGCAAGCAUCCGCUUCUGAAUCCAGCGAAGCCAUUGGCGCUCGUGACGGGGGGAGGUCCUGGGGCGAUGGAGGUUGGAAAUCGUGUCGCCAAGUCUCUUGGUAUCCUGUCGUGUGGCUUGCUUGUUGACUUUCGCAGCGCAGCUUCCGUCCCGGGGUCGAACAUUAAUGAACAGAUUCAGAACGCCUAUGUGGAAUCCUUCUUCACCUAUCGAUGCAGUAAUUUAGUAGAGCGACAAUCUGACUUUAACUUGGACUUCCCCAUUUUCUUGAUUGGUGGAAUCGGUACCGACUUUGAGUAUGCCUUAGAAGAAGUGAAUCGCAAAGUGGGUGCUGUGCCCCCUACUCCUAUUAUAUUGUUCGGUACCGUUGAGUACUGGACUAACAAGAUAUCAUCUCGCUUUCGUGAGAACUACCGCAGCAGGACUAUAAAGGGCUCAGAAUGGCUAUCGACUGUUCCGUGGGUUGUGUCGACUGGGAAAGAGGCUCUGGAGGUGUACAGAGACUUUUUCGAUGGUGUCUUGCCAAUAGGAGCUGGUUAUCCCACUAACGAGCGUGGGUUCAUGGUUGCGCGAGAGUAUUUAUUAUCCCACAGGUAA